AUGGAUUCUGAUCAGGUAAAGAAGCGAAUGUCGCAGAUAGAACUAGAGAUUAGUGAGAUGAAUGAGAUGAUUGAAAAGAACUUGAGGAUGCAAGAGGGAGCGUCGGAUGUUCAAGACGGUGAAACGGAUCAUACUACUGGCGCUACAAAGGGAGCGUCUGAAAAAGAAUUUGAGGAUGAUAAUGACGAUGACGAUUAUGCAGAACUAAGGAAACUGACUGCGGAGCAGGUUGACGAGUUUGUGCAAAACGCGAUCACUAGCGAAGGAGAAGAGACCGACCACAGGGAAGAAAAGACAGAGGAACCCGUUCAGUAUCAAGUCAAGCCAGAAACAGAGGUUCCUAUAACUGCCACUAGUACUGUCACUGCUGCUGCUGUUACUACUGAUACUACUACUAGUACUACUACCACCGGCACUACUACUGUUACAACUACUGCUACAAAGGAAGAUGAAUCUGAUGAGGUGCCUCCAGAAACGACUUCCAAGAAACCCAAUCCUGUAGCUGACUCUGUGUCCGUGUCCGAACCAACACUAGAAUUCAAGUCCGAGCCCGUCAGGAGAACAUCCCAAAAGAUUGACGCAUCUACCAGUACAGACGAAUUCGAGCAGGAAACAAAAGCUGAUGUAAUAACCAGAGAGAACGGCAAGUCCAAGACAUACCCAGAGCCAGCAAGCUCCCCAGCAUCUGCUUCGUCCACCACCAAUAAGAAGACAAGUUCAGUUGUUUCCCCAACAAACCGUUCUUUCAGCAACCCAUUCCGCGUGGUGCAUGUCGGCAGCCAACCGAGCUCCAGAAACGGCUCGCGUGUAUCUAGUGCUGCAUCAAAUUCCAGCACCGCUUCUGGUUCAGACGUCAAUAUCGAGCAACUACAAAAGAACUACAACGUUCUUUCCAUGAAAUGCACCAAGCUGAAAAAAGAAAUCGAAUAUCUCAACAAGUUCCAGCAGGAGUCAACACUCACUCUCGAGGACAGACGUAAAUUGAUAGCUGCCAUUGAGAAAUUACAAGAAUACUUGGACAAGAAGAACAGACAGCGCUACGAUACUGGUGUAAUAUUGUCGCGUCAAAUUAGAAAAACCGUGGAUAUGGGCACGAACGGACAAUUUUGGGUUGGAAGAACAUGA